AUGACGAAGCCGGCGAUCCGAAUCCCAUACACCGGCCUAUUGCCCUCGCCGAUAAUUGCGCCCCCAUCAGCAGGCACAGUCUCCGGUGCUAUCGAAGCGAUUUCGUCCUUUCUGACAGCCCCUCCAUCUCCAUAUCUACGCGGAGUCGAUGUCGGGAGACACUCACAGACCGUCCUGCUGACAGGUGCCGGGAUUUCGGUCGCAUCUGGGUUGUCCGACUAUCGAGGCGAGAAUGGCACCUACGUCACGAACAAGUCUUAUCGACCGAUAUACUUCCAUGAAUUUUUGGCACAGCAUGAAUCGCGUAAGAGAUAUUGGGCCCGCAGCUUUGUUGGAUGGCCCGGGCUACUGAAAGCGAAGCCGAAUUCUACGCAUUGGGCGAUUCGAGAUCUUGGUGUAAAAGGCUACCUCAGUUCCGUGGUGACGCAGAAUGUUGACUCUUUUCAUCACGUCGCCCAUCCAGGGCUUCCCACCCUUGAACUCCAUGGCUACCUGAGGUCUGUGGUCUGUAUUAACUGUCGGAAUCAAUUCUCGCGAGCCGAAUUCCAGAACUCGCUGGAGAAGCUGAAUCCCGCGUGGGCGGAAUUUUUGGCAAGAAUGAUUGACAGUGGGGCUCUUGACACGGAUAAUCCUCAGGAACAGCGGAAGAAGGGCCUGAAGCUCAACCCGGAUGGUGAUGUCGACCUUGCAGAGGCCCCCUAUUCCACUUUCAGGUAUCCGUCCUGUCCAACAUGUCUUGAGAAGCCUCCUCGACUCCGAGACGGCACACAGUCAAGGGUCGAAGUAGAGAAUGAUGGUGCAUGGUUGCCCGCCUCCAAUGCCGGAAUCCUAAAGCCUGCAGUCAUCAUGUUUGGAGAAAACAUUGACCCAGCCGUGAAGGACGAGGCCGAGGAGGCGAUUGAUGACGCCGGCAGGCUACUUGUCCUUGGUAGUAGCUUGGCAACAUACUCCGCAUGGCGGCUGGUGGAAAGAGCUUAUAAGAGAGGCAUGCCCAUUGGCAUCAUCAAUGUUGGGGGUGUUCGAAACGAAUCAGUCAUUUUUGGGGGGGGCGUUGGCCAGGACAGUAAUAUAUCUGAGAAUGUCCGGUGCAGCCUGAAAUCCGAAUCGAUCCUGCCUCAUAUUGCAUCACAGCUGCCAUCGAUAUAG